GAAUGUGCGGUAACAGGUCGCGGGUACACGUACUCUCAGCUGGUGGACCGCAUCGCCAGGUGGGGCGGGAUGCUGACCAAACUGGGCAUCGAGAAGGGCGAUGUUGUAGCAGUGAUGAUGCACAACUACCCGGAGUAUCCCAUCGUGAUUCUGGGAGCUACAGCCAUCGGGGCUGUUGUGUCCACCGUGAACGUCUCCUACACUCCUGGGGAAGUCCAUGGUCAACUGGAAGACUGUGGUGCCACACUAGUAGUUGGGGACACAUUAACGGAGAAAACUCUUGCCCAAGCAAUUACACUGUGUAAGACACCUUCUGUUGUAGUGAUAAAUGGUCCUUCUUCUGCGUCUGGGGCUUUGGACUUACAACAGAUUAUAGAGGAUACGUCUGUCCCAUUUGCUGACCCCUUAGAGGUUUUCAAGGAGGACGUGGCAGUGAUGCCAUACUCAAGUGGCACGACAGGAAAAUCUAAGGGAGUUCUCAUCUCUCACCACGCUACCAUCUCCAGCAUGCACAUAGCCGCCAACCCCAAUUUCUUUUGGGGCUCCGAGACGACAGAUUGUAACCAAGAAUCCAUCCUGUGUUACCUCCCCUUCUACCACGCGUAUGGGCUUGUGCCUAUUAUGAUGGUGUGGCUUCAGAUGGGUGCCAAACUAGUCUGUGUACCAUGGUUCGAUCCCAACACCUUCGUCAGGGACAUUAGCCAGCAUAAGGUGAAAUAUCUGCAUAUGGUUCCUACUAUCCUCAACUUCUUGAACCAUUCCCCCACUGUCACCCCUGAGGCAAUGGCUUCUGUCAAGGCUGUCAUGUGUAGCGCUGCCCCUACCGCUCCCCCCGCCGCUGCCACCUUCAAGGACAGACUCGGGGGGAACAUAUUCUUCCAGGAGAGUUUCGGCAUGACAGAAGCGGGCUUGGUGUGUAACACAGCCAAAGGUCGAGAGCGGUUAGGAAGCUGUGGUCAUCUGCUGCCACAUCUGUCAGCCAAGGUCAUUGAUACUGUGACCGGGGAGGAGUUACCGCCCAACCAAGACGGAGAGAUUUGCUUCAAGUCGCCAGCGAGUUUGUCUGGAUAUUUAAACAACCCGGCGGCCACAGCGGAAACAAUUGAUAGUGAAGGAUGGAUUCACUCAGGAGACAUUGGUAGUUUCGAUGAAGAAGGAUUCUUUAGGAUUGUUGACCGAACCAAGGAGUUCAUCAAGGUUAAGGGAAAUCAGGUGGCACCGUCAGAGUUGGAGGGACUGAUCUUACAACACCCGAAUGUGGUGGAGGUGGGCGUGGUGGGUGUGCCGGACGACAGGCUUGGGGAGGUGCCGCGAGCUUACGUGGUCACCUCAGCACCGACGACACAAACCGAGAUUAAGGAGUUCGUGGAGCCGAAGUUGGCCCUCUUUAAGAGGUUGGCGGGAGGCGUCAUCUUUAUAAAUGAAAUACCUAAGACAGCCACUGGAAAACUGCUCAGGAAGGAGCUGAGGAAGAUGGCUCUGACGGCGUCUUGUGCACACGACACGAAGGAGAAAUCCCUGGACGAAACUCCCAUAAAAGAAGACAAACUGUAGGAUGAAAGCUGCUGGUACAAGGACAGUGUGGGCAUCUACAGGGUAUGGCAGCGUACAUAACCAUCCAGACAAUCACAUCAUCUUUUUUUCGACAAUCUCUUUACUUCACCACGAUAUUUUACACGAGAUAGAACUGUCUGGAUUUGAGAGUUUCAAGGGACUGCCUGAGAGGAAAGACUUCAAAAUGGUUCAGUAAAAACAACUAAAGUUCACUCCAAAGAGCCAAGGGGUGUUGCUGAUCAUAUAGUUAAUGAAAAUAAUGAAAUAAUUAUGACACGAUGGACUGUCAAUAAAAUAAUUUCAUUCAUAACAAAUUACGUUGACAGUGAACUACCAGCGAGGCAACACAGUACAGAAAAAAGAUUAUAAUUGAUGUUAGGUAAUUAUGGUUUGGCCCUAAGUUAUCAAUUUGUAGGUAGUAGGCAGCUACCAAACAGGGAGGUACUACCGCCUGGGAAGAUAUUGGAAGCAUACGUAUUGUGUUGUCUAAUGGAAGACCCUGCUGCCAUAUGUGACCAAGUCCCAGGUUGAUGA